AUGCCGUCUGACAGUGUGGGCCGAUGUAAAGAGGUGGACCAUGCUGCCAGGAGCCGCCAGGCCCCCAUGUCUCCUUCCGACUUCCUGGACAAACUGAUGGGGAGGACAUCUGGAUAUGAUGCCAGGAUAAGACCCAACUUUAAAGGUCCUCCAGUCAAUGUUUCCUGUAACAUUUUCAUCAACAGCUUCGGUUCCAUUGCUGAAACCACUAUGGACUACCGUGUGAAUAUCUUCCUCCGUCAGCAGUGGAAUGAUCCCAGGCUAGCCUAUUCUGAAUACCCAGAUGAUUCACUGGACUUGGAUCCCUCUAUGUUAGACUCCAUAUGGAAACCAGACUUGUUCUUUGCCAAUGAGAAGGGAGCCCACUUCCAUGAAGUCACUACGGAUAACAAACUGCUCAGGAUAUUUAAGAAUGGAAAUGUUUUGUACUCUAUAAGACUAACAUUGACUCUGUCGUGUCCCAUGGAUCUGAAGAAUUUCCCCAUGGAUGUCCAAACCUGUAUUAUGCAGCUUGAGAGCUUUGGUUACACCAUGAAUGACCUGAUCUUUGAGUGGCAGGAGAAUGGACCAGUCCAAGUGGCCGAUGGGCUGACACUUCCGCAGUUCAUCCUCAAGGAUGAAUCAGACCUUAGAUACUGCACCAAGCAUUACAACACAGGCAAGUUUACCUGUAUCGAGGUGCGGUUCCACCUGGAGCGUCAGAUGGGUUACUAUUUAAUCCAGAUGUACAUCCCAUCCUUGCUCAUUGUCAUCCUGUCUUGGGUUUCCUUCUGGAUCAACAUGGAUGCUGCUCCAGCUAGAGUGGCACUGGGGAUUACCACUGUCCUCACCAUGACCACACAGAGCUCCGGCUCCAGGACUUCACUGCCCAAGGUCUCUUAUGUAAAGGCCAUAGACAUCUGGAUGGCAGUAUGUCUUCUGUUCGUCUUCUCAGCGUUGUUGGAGUACGCUGCUGUUAACUUCGUAUCAAGGCAACAUAAAGAGCUGCUGCGAUUCCGGCGGUCUCGCAAGAGCAAGAACAAGAGUGGUGAAGGUGCAGUUGAUCCGGUGGAGCUAGCAGAUUCCCUUCAUCGCAUUAACAUUGACAACGGCCUCAAACCAUCAGACCCAGUCUAUGGAUCUAUGACCAACAUCUACACCAACAAUCACAGGGAGGACGAAGUGCGUGAGAGUCGGCUGAGCUUCACAGCAGUUGCAGCCUCCACCCCAAGCAACAACAAGGACCCCAUCUCUAAGGCCAGUGCCAACAACACCACGGCUGUAACCAACACUCCAGGAGGCACAGCAAGCACUGCCCAGAACCCCCCUGGAGCAGUGGGAGGUGAAGGGCCUUUGGGUACAGCGAGUAAAACUCACGAAGAGAUGAGGAAGUUGUUUAUCGACCGAGCCAAGAAGAUCGACACUGUAUCUAGGGCUGGCUUCCCCUUGGCUUUUCUGUUCUUUAAUAUAUUCUACUGGGUUCUUUAUAAGAUACUUAGGCAUGAGGAUGUACACAAGCAAUAGAGAAAGAGAGUGCGCACACACCCCUACACACACACACACACACACACGCACCCAACAGAUGGGGAAAGAGGGUGGCAGGAAGGUAAUUCUUGACUGGCAGAACCAAGAUGAUUGAUUCUAUCCCCAGCUUUCCUUUUCAAAGUAUUCACCUGGGUGCUCUCUAAAAGAUACAGUACAUUAAGGAUACCUGCUCUUUCUAUGAAACACUGACCAGUGAAUUUACAUAUGUGAAGGCUCUGGUGCUUUGUUGAUUUCCAGUUCCUUCACAGCUCUGUAAAGUCUGGCAAGUAUGGAAAAUAUAGUUGACCAUUUCCUGCAAAAUGGCAGAAUUGGACAAACGUCUGGAAAAGUACGCAGUGACUAUUGUUUUGAACCAGAACUAAUAUGACUUUAUGUUUCCAAUAGCCAACAGUGUGUGUUCACAUGUUGUUUGGAAUAAUCUUCCACCAGAUAGUGAUACCACAGUGCUUAUUGAGCUAUUGUGAAGAUUCCUUAUUUUAAUGCCAACAAAAAUCUUGAAGCAAAAUUGAACUUUGAGUGUUGGGUUGUCUACUCAUUGGGAUAUUAUUAGUCCACAUGGAGUCCAUAUAUCCUCAUUAGUUGCUCUCUACUGCCAUGGGCUUAAUCCAUAAUACUGUAUUACUAUCUCUGCAUUCACUUCCGUAGCAAACAGCUUCCAAAAUAACACUUUUAGCAUAUAAACCAAUAUAAUCAAAGCAAAUCAUGCCAAUAUAAAAAACAACAAGUCCUGG